GAAGGGGAGGGGGGGGAGAGGGAAAGGAAGAAGGAAAGGAAAGAGAAUGCGAGGGGGAGGGGGAGGGACGGGAAACCGGACAGUGGGGAGGGGCUCUGGUCAGUAUAAUAAGUGACUCCAGCCGUCCCGGGACCCUGAGUCGGAGGAAGGAGGAGGAAAGGAGAAAGAGAAAAAGGAGGAGAAGGGGAAGAAGAGGGGCGGGGCUGCAAACCACUUCUCUCCAAGUUUGCCGAGGCGGCUCUAACUGAGCGCCCGCCCUGCGUUGGAAGCUGGGCUCGGGACAGGAUUCUGUGACAGCUGAAAAAUGGACACUGAAGACAAAGAGGACGGCUCCCCCAGAGCUAUGUCCAGGUUCCUGAGGCACUUCACGGUGGUUGGCGACGACCAUUACAAGUGGAACACCAGGUAUAAGAAAUGGGACAACGAGGAAGAGGAGGAUGAGCAGCCACAGAUGCCGGCGGCCCCGGCGCCGACGUCCCUGGCUCCUGGGGCUGAGAGCGGCGCCACCAGUGUUCCAGAGGAGGCCGGCAGCCCUCCAAAGGCCCCCCCGGACUUCAGGACUGUGAUGAGAAAGCUCUUCAGUUCCCACAGGUUUCAGGUCAUCAUCAUUUGCCUGGUCAUUAUGGAUGCCUUGCUGGUGCUUGCUGAAUUGAUGUUAGAUUUGAAAAUCAUCCAGCCUGACAAGGACAAUUAUGCCGCCAGGGUGUUCCACUAUCUCAGUAUUGCCAUCCUGAGCUUCUUCAUGAUAGAAGUUGCAUUAAAAUUAUAUGUCUUCCAAAAGGAAUUCUUCUACCAUAAAUUUGAGAUUCUGGAUGCCGUUAUUGUGAUUAUCUCCUUUGUCCUGGACAUUGUCCUUCUGUUCCAAGAGCAUGCCUUCGAAGCCCUCGGCUUAUUGAUCCUCCUCCGACUUUGGCGGGUGGCCAGGAUUAUCAACGGCAUAAUUAUUUCAGUCAAGACACGCUCUGAACGACAACUCUCAAGGCUGAGACUGAUUAAUCAUCAACUGGCCACAAAAAUUCAGCAUCUUGAAUUUAGCUGCAAUGAAAAGGAACAAGAAAUUGAAAGACUUAACAAACUCCUGAAAGAUAAUGGACUUCUUGAGUAGCUGAACCAUGCAAUAUUUGCCUAAUCACAUGGAGAAGAAACUUAUUUGACAGAAUGGCCUUUUGUGUCAGUGAAACACCCUGGGUAUCUCCAGAAUAAUUUCUGGAAAUUACCUGAAGCCUUCACUUAACUUGUUCUCAGGUCUGAUUAUGUCCAGAUAUUACAUCAUUUCUUCUAAGAGCUAUCUUUUUUCCUUGAUGUGAUAAGAGACUUUCCUUGGUAACAAAUGUUUCAUAAGCUACAUUUCCUCAUUUUCCCAACGCUAACUUUGCUACAUAAAAUUUAAUUUUGCCAAAUAUAUGCUUUCAAAUUUGUUUCCCCUUUAUUUCAACCCUGGAUUCUCUAGUUGUGGACAUUCUGAAGGACAAAAGCAAUAAACAAAUUUUUCUUAGACUCCA